AUGGAAGUUGUUCCCUGUAUUAACCAGGUGGCAGGUAACAGGAAACAAAAGGAAGAGCCUCAGGUUGAGAAUGGGUGCAACACCAAAGCAUGGAGUCUCUCCCAGAAGAAUUUCACUGUUGUGGCCUCAAAUCUGAGUGAUGAAGAGAGUGAGUUCUACGAUUAUGAAGGGCGCCGCUGCAAGAUGUGCCCUGCAGGUUCUUAUGUUUUUCAACAUUGUGAGACUACAGAUACUGAAUCCAGUUGCAAACCGUGUUCCAGUGAUUCAUUCACCAUGCACUUGAAUCGAUUCCAUGCAUGUGUCCCCUGCAAAAUCUGCAGACCUUUAGAUCAAGUGACAUUAAAGUCAUGCUCCACAACUAGCAAUGCUGAAUGUGCCUGCAACAAGGGCACCUUCUGUCUCCCUGACCAGCCAUGUGAAACGUGCCAUAAGUGCAAGCCCAGGUGUCCUGACGGGGAGCAGAUGGUACAGCCUUGCACCUCACAAAGUGAUAUUCAGUGUAUGCCAGUCCCAACAAGCUCGCCAACGCCUUCAUCAGAACAGAACAACCACACAAGAACUAAAGCAAACUCAAUCCACUCAAAGUUGUCCCCCUCCCAUCUCUAUGUGGGCAACUACUAA